AUGCCGGACUGGCGAGACGACUAUCUUACCUCGCUGCAGGAAGCGGAGAGGAACAGUGCUGUGAACAAAGAUCUCGUCGAUGCUUGCUCCCAGCUGGCUGAUCGAGUUGCUGUACUCGAGGCGGAAAAGGCGGUUCUGCUGCAAAGACAGCAGCAAACAGCCCAGGCACUACAGGAACCGCAACCAGGCACUUUCACAUCAGCCUUCAGAGCCGCAACGCGCUCACCAUGGCAACAAUCCGACAACAGGAGCGGCACGCCGCCUCCGCCUCUGCCUGCGUCAUCGUCAUCAUCUGCAUCAGCCGCAACUGGUGGUGACAUCACGGGUGGCGGCGGCGGCGGCGGCGGGGACGCAGCAGCACAGACAAGGCUACAGCUUGCUGAGGCCUUGCGGUCUAGGGGCCAGCUGCAGACCAAGCUGCGCGCGGCCGAGGACGAGCUCAGGAAGCUGCGGAGCUCAACCCAGGUUGCGGCCAAGCAGAUCCACGAUCUCAAGACGGAACGCAACUCGUUGCAAAGCAAGCUGCGGGAUCGGAAUGAGGAGCUCGAUGCCAAGACCAAGGCUUUCCUGGACGUGCAAGACGAAAACUUGGCGCUCAACCUAGAAAUUGCCAGCCAGGACAAGCGCAUGGCCGCUGUCAAAGCCGAGAACAAGCAGCUCAUCGAGCGCUGGAUGAAGCGCGUCGGCGAGGAGGCAGACGCCAUGAACCUUGCCAACGAGCCCUCUGGCAUUCCAAGAACUGAAGGCUGCAACGCAACCGAAGAUUGA